GCCUCUCCCUUGUCAAGUCAAUUUAAGGAGAGCUUACUUCUCCCUCUCCAUACGCACGUAGGCCGGAACCGUCUCCCCCUCUGCAGGGCCUCUCCUCUUUCCAGUGAAACCUAGAGAUGCCCUCGUUUCAAAAGAAGAAACAGCAUGGAGAAUAAUUCACAGCAUGCAAGUUCGACGCCAACGGAUAUUACAUUACGAUUGCUAGAAGAUAUUACGCAUGAUUUUUCUGAGGAGCACAAAGUUGGUAGUGGUGGGUAUGGACAAGUUUUCAAGGGAGUACAUAAUGGGGUAGAGAUUGCUGUGAAGAAGCUUCAUCACAUGCCGGGGCUUGACGAUGUGCAAUUUAAGAAUGAAUUUAAUAAUCUUAUGAGGGUCCAGCAUAAAAAUAUUGUACGACUGGUUGGCUACUGCUAUGAAAUACGGCAUAAACAUUUUGAGCAGAACGGAGGAUAUGUUUUUGCUCAGAUGGUAGAAAGAGCUCUAUGCUUUGAAUAUUUGGAGGGUGGAAGCCUUGACAAACAUCUUUCUGAUGAAUCCUGCGGACUUGAUUGGGACACACGUUACAAAAUAAUUAAGGGGAUUUCUGAGGGUUUAGAUUACCUUCAUAAUGGAUCCAAAGAGUCAAUUUUCCAUUUGGACUUAAAACCUGCAAACAUAUUGCUGGAUAAGAACAUGAUGCCAAAAAUUGGAGAUUUUGGCUUGUCAAGACUCUUUGCUUCAACAGCAACCUAUACCACCAAAAAGAUUAUAGGAACAGCUGGAUACAUGCCACCAGAAUACAUCGACAAACGCAAAAUCUCACCGAAGUUUGAUGUAUUCAGCUUGGGUGUUAUAAUCUUACAGGUAAUGGUGGGACCUUUAGGUUAUGCCAAAUGUGCAGAUAUGCCUUCCGAAGAGUUUAUUGAGCUCGUACUUGGAAACUGGGGGAAAAGGCUACAAGCAAUAAUGCCAUGGCAUACAUCACAGCAACUGAAGACAUGCAUCGAAAUAGCGUUAAGAUGUGUGGAGACAGACCGAGCGAAAAGACCUACCAUAACCGAGAUUGUCGAUAAACUCAAAAAGAUAGAUACUGCAAAAAGAUCACUCAUAGGCCAGAGCUCCGAGUCCGCAGUGUGUGCCGCGAUGGACCCCCUCGAGCUACGCUUCCCAUUCGAGCUAAACAAGGAGGUAUCGUGCGUACUGCAGCUAACAAACAGGACAGACGACACCAUUGCGUUUAAUACAAAGAUGAACCGGGAGAAGUACUACGCACAGCCAGACAAAGGCACCGUCCCACCAUGGUCCAAGCGCUACAUCAUCGUGACCAUGCGAGCACAGGAGAACACACCACCGGAUAUGCAGUGCAACGACAUGUUCCUUGUGCAGAGCAGAAGACUGAGUAAGGAAGACCUCACACCUGACAACAUUGCCGAACACUUCACGAGACUGAUGGGUAAAGCGGUGGUGGUGGAUGAGGAGAAGUUGCCGAUUGUUUAUGUUGGCGUUGCCUCAACCUCCACGCCCAUCCCGCGUUAAGGGCCUGAUGCGCGCACCACCUGCACCUCCGCCGAUCCGCGUGCUUGUUAUUUUUCCUUUGAGGGAAUGCUAGCUUGUUAUGUUUGUUGAACCUUUUAAUGACACGUUAUUCUGCCACUUUGUUGAAGAGCAAACACAUGGCUCACUUACACGGAACACUUUAUAUAUAGUACUCCAUAUUCAUAAUAGUGAUCGUUUUAGACGUGA